GGGGGAGCAAGAAGCAGAGAUACCAUUAGAAGUAGAAAAUUAAGUUAAAUUAUCAAUAGAAAAAUGAAUCGUGUUAAGACUCGCCAAUCAAAGACGGGCGAAAUCAUCGCCUACAGCGAGGUGGCCAUUCGAAAUAAUAUUUCUGCUGUCGAAUAUUCACGCACUUCGAUGGCCGCAAUCUCUGGAUGUGCUGCAGGUAUAUUGGGCUUGAGCGGUACACUGGGUUUCCUCUUCUACUUUCUGUCUGUGUUCGUGUUGUGGAUUUUGGUGCUGCUUAAGUCGGGCACACAAUGGCGCAAGUUCUUCAUAAGUCGUCGCCAUCUGCUGACCAAUCAGUUCAUGGGCGGCCUUUGUACCUAUGUGCUCUUCUGGACAUUCUUAUACGGCAUGGUACAUGUGUACUAGGAAAGUGCAUUUUCUUUUUAGGCAAAUAAACGCAAAUAGCUUAAGAUUCGAGUAGACAAACGGA